CGCGGAGACUCCGAGUCUCUUUGAAUUAAAUGAAGCGGUGGUGUCAACAACAUCCAACAGCCCACAGCGCUGGUCGUCGCAACUAGCCAACUAGCAAUUUUUUUCAGUUUUUGCUUAUUUAAAAGUACACACAAAUAUAUAUGAUUUCUGCUUAACGAAAAAAUAUUUCAAAAACAGCAGCUAAUUAAAAACUAACCUACGAAACUAGCAAGUAAACGAGAGUUUUGCGAAAUUUUCAAAUUUCAAAACCGUUUUUAUUUGUUUCUUUUACAAAAGUAAGCAAACAGUGACUGCGUUAGUGCAAAUGCUUUUUGGGCAGUUAAAUAAUUUUGAAAAAUUACUGCAAAUAAUUUUCAUGCAAAACAAAAAUUUUUGCAAAGCAAAUCUCAAAAGUGUUGUGUAAAUCAAGUGCUGACCAGUGUUCACGAAAAACUGCCGAAGGACUAUAACCUAAAAGCAGCAACCGCUGGAGAUGGAUUAAUUGUAAAACUGAGUGAGAAGUUCAACGUCAUUUUAUAAGCAAACGUAAAAUAAUUAUUUGGAACUUUUAGCACGAAAGAAGCGUAUUUUUAGACAAUCCUUGCGGUGCUUUAACCCAAGUGAAAUAUACCACAGUGUAAUCUGCCUGAAAAGUGUCAAAAAUAAAUUGCGUUGGAAAAUAUUAAAAAGAAAAUAAACUAGCAAACUUUUUAAUUUAAAUUGUGUGUUAAUUUUUAUGAAAAAGCACACAGGCGCCUUGAGUACGAGGAAAUUCAAAUUAGCAAGUGAAAAAGGAUAUUGCAAGAUGACCAGAAAAGGUUCGAGUCCACUGGGGCUCGACAUGUUGGCUGUCUCGGUGGCAGUGGCAUUCAUAUUUUUGCCAUUGUUAGCACAAGCCGCUCCCCUACAAGAUGCAACUGAAAUUCAACAAUACACAGAAGGCUGUUAUUACAAUUACAAUCACUACAAUGAAGGCGAUAGAAUAUUGACGAAUGAACCCUGCCUGAAUUGUACCUGCCAUAAUAAGAUGCUCAUGUGUUAUCUGCGUGUCUGCCCGUUCACGAAGCCAAUCGGUCACGAUUGCAUUGUGGAGAAGCGUGAGGAUCAGUGCUGUCCGAUUAUCACAUGUCCCGAGGUACCAGUUGAUAUUGCGCAUCAUGCACCCGAACCAGGCACUGAACUCAGCAUUCCCGAGAAAUAUGGCUGCAGCAUCGACAGUAAAUUCUACCCAGAGGGCGCACAAGUACCAUCGAACCCAAAUAAGCCUUGCGAGCUGUGUUACUGCAUCAAGAAUCGCACUUCGUGUUUAAUGCAGGAAUGUACGCUGCAUAUUGACGGUUGCACGCCCAUCUACAAUAAAGGUUCAUGCUGUCCCGUGCGUUACAAUUGCGAUCACGAGAAUGACAUUUUGGAAUUGGAGGAUCAUUCUUCGACCACAUCCACCACAACGACGGAACGUCCAACGCCUGGCUUCAUACUCACAACCACCAUGUCGCCCUCAGUCUCCACCGAUUGUGUACACAAUGGCGAAAUUUACGCCGACGGCGCGUCCAUUACUGGCAAGAGCGCCUGCGAACAUUGCUACUGUAUGCGCGGAGAUAUUGUUUGUGCCGUACAAGAGUGUGAGAUGCCAAUGUUGGCCAGCAAUGGCAAGAGUUGUCAUGCAUUACCACCAGCCGAAGGUGAGUGCUGCCCAAGCAAUUAUGUCUGCGAAGAUGACUCAGCCACAACCGAAGCCUUUGAGAUCACUACUGUACCGUAUGCUAAAGAAGAAGAAGCGGUUACUGCCAGCCCCGAUAAGGACCUGCAUGGCGCCAUUCCAGCCGAGGAUAUUGAACUGCAACAACACAUUGAUGAAGAUGAAGAAGAAAAGGUGUCCACCGAUAAGCCCGAGGUCGAAGCCGAACAAGAAGUGGAAGGUAAACCUGUCGAUCAAGUUACUACUUCAACUCCUGAUGUGGCAGCAAUUGGUGCCACCGAAGCAGCGGUAACAGCAGAAUCUGAAGAAGCACAAAAGGAAGAAGGCAUUGAGGAUAUUGAACGUGUUACCACCGUUAAAUCUGAAGUUGCGACCGAAGCUGCUAUUGAAGAGCAGAAGACGGAAGAGGAAUCGACAAGUACUGAGGCUGCUGAACAUGCAUAUGGAACAACACCUGGACCAGAUGGCACCAAACGUAUUGGCAUUGAUAUUGAUGAGCAUGAAAAGGCUACUGCUGAGCCAGAAGCUGAGGAAGAGGUCACUACAAUACCAAGUACUCAUGUGGAACAUAAGCCAACAGUUGAAUUUGCCGACAGAAUUGAUACUGAAACAGGUAAACCGAUUAGCGAUGAGGCAGCAACAACUGUUCACCCAGCAAUCGCUGAAAUACCAACUACUGUGUCCACGCCAACGAAAGCUGAUAAGGAAUUCGUUGAAGAUACAAGCGCUGAGACUGUCGAAAGUGAGGAAUCAACAGAAACAUCUGAAGAAGCUAUUGCAGCACAUGAGAAACCAACCACUACACAGCGGCCCGUUGUUGAGAAAGAAAGUUCUGAGGAAUCCACAGAAGUUGCAGAAGAAGAAGUCACCACUAAACAACCAAUCGUUGUUGUAUCUGAAGAGGAGCCAGAGAAAUCCACUACACAGCGGCCCGUUGUUGAGAAAGAAAGUUCUGAGGAAUCCACAGAAGUUGCAGAAGAAGAAGUCACCACUAAACAACCAAUUGUUGUUGUAUCAGAAGAGGAGCCAGAGAAAUCCACUACACAGCGGCCCGUUGUUGAGAAAGAAAGUGCUGAGGAAUCCACAGAAGUUGCAGAACAAGAAGUCACCACUAAGCAACCAAUUGUUGUGGUAUCAGAAGAGGACGAAGAGAAACCCACAAGCACCGAAGUCAGUAAGGAGGGCAGCGAGGAAUCAACUGAGUCUGCAGAAGCUGAGGUAUCAACACAACAAUCUACAGAAAUCUCCAGUUCAGAAGAGGAAAUACCCGAUAUGCAAUUGCCAGCUGUUAUACCAGGAGAGGGUGACUGUUUGGUCGGGCACAGAACUUACGAAAAUAAUACAAUCAUACCAACGGCGGACGAGUGUGAUAUAUCUUGCAAAUGUAUUAGCAGCAUUGUUGUUUGCCAGAAGGUUGAGUGCGAUAUCCCAGCAGAUAUUAGCCGGUGUGUUAUCGAUCAAGCAAGCUCUACCAAAUGCUGUCCCGUAUACGUCUGUGAACCACAAGAAACUGCAGCAACUACUGCGCCCAUUUCACAAGAUGAAGAACAGCCAACCGUUGCCCCUAUCUCAGAUAUUCACAUACCUGCUGCUCCUACUGAGCAGCCAAUGUCUCAUGUCAAGGAAGAAGAAGAACCAACUGUAGAAGGUACAGCUGCUCCAGAAAUUGACGAAUCCGCAUCGAUUACCGAAAGUGGAGAGGAAAUCGAGGCAGCUACAGCUUCACCUAUCGCACCUGCUACUGAAACUGAAGCACAGAAGACUACUGUCGCACCUAUCAUGGACGCUGGACACGGUGUUCCAGCUGUUGAGGAAGUUGAGAAGAUUGCUGCUACGCCUGAACAAGAAGGUGUUCCAUCUGUCGAAGAAGCCACAGCUACCAUUGCUCCAGAAAUCACUGAAAUCGAAAAAACAACAGUUGCUCCUAUUCUUGAGAAUGUUACUACUGAACCUGAAGAAGAAGGUGUUCCAACCGUGGAAGAAGACAAAUCCACUAUUGAUCACGAAAUUCCUGAAAUCACUGAAAUUGAAAGGACUACAGUUGCUCCAACUGCUGAGGAAGGUGCUAAGGUUACUGCUGUACCUGAAGAAGAAGCAGUCUCAGACGUCGAAAAGGCAACAGUGUCACCAGUUUCUGAGGAGGUUGAGAAGCCAACAUCUCGUCCAGCAUUCGACGAAGGUGAAAAGGUUACUGCUGUACCUGAAGAAGAAGCAGUUUCAGACUUCGGAAAGGCAACAGUGUCCCCAGUUUCUGAGGAGGUCGAGAAGCCAACAUCUCGUCCAGCAUUCGAUGAAGGUGAAAAGGUUACUGCUGUACCUGAAGAAGAAGCAGUUUCAGACUUCGGAAAGGCAACAGUGUCCCCAGUUUCUGAGGAGGUCGAGAAGCCAACAUCUCGUCCAGCAUUCGAUGAAGGUGAAAAGGUUACUGCUGUACCUGAAGAAGAAGCAGUUUCAGACGUCGAAAAGACAACAGUGUCACCAGUUUCUGAAGAGGUCGAGAAGCCAACAUCUCGUCCAGCAUUCGAUGAAGGUGAAAAGGUUACUGCUGUACCUGAAGAAGAAGCAGUUUCAGACUUCGGAAAGGCAACAGUAUCUCCAGUUUCUGAGGAGGUCGAGAAGCCAACAUCUCGUCCAGCAUUCGAUGAAGGUGAAAAGGAAGAAGUUUCUGAACCGGUUACCGUCGGUGGGGACAUUGAAAAGACUACAGCCGCCCCUGUUUCUGAAGGUCCUGAGAAGGUCACCUCUACCUCAGUGGAAGAAAUACCAGAGAAGGUUACUUCGAUUCCUACAACAGAAAUUGAAGCAGCUACAGCUGCACCAAUUGCUGAGGGACCAGCGAAACCAACAACAGCUCCUGGAAUUGAAGACAUUUCAGAGGAAACUACUGCAACAUCCGCUGAAGAGGCAAGCGAUGAGGUUACUUCUGCUCCUGGUAUCGAAGGUAUUGAAAAGGUUACCGUUGCUCCUAUUUCUGGCGAUGAAGGUAAGGAAGGUGUCACAACUGUUCCAGCAAUCGAAGAAGUCGAGAAGACGACUAAAACUCCAGCCACUGGAGAGCCUGAGGAAUCUAUUAGCGAAGAAGCUGAAGAACCCACUGCUACUAUUGUGGAUGAAGAAAGCGAUAAGGCUACUAUUGCCCCUAGCGUUGAAGAAACUGAAAAGGUUACCACUGCACCUAGUAUCGAUGAGGAGGGACAUUCUAUUCCAGCUUCUGAAGAACCCGAAAAGACUAUUGGUGGAGAAGCUGAGAAGCCCACUGCUAUUCCUGUUGAUGAAGAAUUCGAGAAAGUCACUUCUGCUCCUGCUGUCGGUGGAAUUGAAAAGACUACUUCAACCCCUGUAUCUGGCGAUGAAGAGAAAGAAGUUGAGCAUAUCACAAUUCUUCCAGCAAGCGAUGAAAUCGAGAAGACAACUAGUGCUCCUGCCGCUGAAGAGCCCGAGAAACCCAUUAGUGGAGAAUUUGGGGAGGAUGUUACUGGUCCAGUUGACGAGGAAGUCGAGAAAGUUACUCCCAUUUCUAUUGACGAAGAAAUUGAAAAGAUUACUUCCGCUCCUGCUGCCGAAGAAGAAGAAAAGGUGGAAAUUAAAAAGACAACUACUGCUACUAGUCCAGAAGAAGGGGAAAGAACAACAGCAUCUCCCGCUGUUGAAGAUGUGGAGAGUAGUACUGAUGCCCCUGCUGUUCCUACCUCCGAAGAAGAAAAGAAAGAAACUUCUGCUCCUGGAACUGAAGGUAUAGAAAAGACAACAUCCGCUCCUCUGGACGAAAUCGAAGAAAAGGUUACUGCUGAACCUACUGCCAAGGAAGGUGAGAAGGUUAGUGCUACUCCAACUGUCGAAGAAAUUGAGAAAACAACUGUUGCUGCCAUCGCCGAAGAAACCGACAAAGCUACCGCUGCUCCAGUUGGUGAAGAACCUGAAGAGGUCACUUCUGCCCCUGUUAUUGAUGAAGUUGAAAAGGUUACCCAAGCUCCAGAAGAAGAAGAAGUUCCAUCAUUUACUGGUAUUCCACGUCUUGACUUGGAUAUUGAAGGACAAUCGGGUACUGCUGCUCCCACCAAGGAUGCAGAUGAAAAGGAAACUGAAAGUGUUACGGAGGCCGAAAAGGUCACUACUGCCCCUGAAAUCGAAACAUCUGACAAAGCUACUGCAGCUCCAGAAAUUGAGGAAGUCGAAGGAAGUGGACAGGUUGAAGAAGGUGAAAAGGCCACUCUUGCUCCUGAAAUCGAAGAUGUUCACAAAGCUACUGCAGUUCCUGAAACUGAAGAGGCCGAGGGAAGUGGACCGAUUACAUCUGAAGGCGAAAGUAUUGAGGAAGGAGAAAAGGUCACAGCUGCUCCUGGAGUCGAAGGUGUUCACAAAACUACUGCAGCUCCUGAAAUCGAAGAAGCCGAAGGAAGCGGACAGAUUACACCUGAAGGAGAAACUCUUGAAGAAGGUGAAAAAGUCACAGUUGCUCCUGGAAUCGAAGGUGUUCACAAAACUACUGCAGCUCCUGAAAUCGAAGAAGCCGAAGGAAGCGGACAGAUUACACCUGAAGGAGAAACUCUUGAAGAAGGUGAAAAGGUCACAGCUGCUCCUGGAGUCGAAGGUGUUCACAAAACUACUGCAGCUCCUGAAAUCGAAGAAGCCGAAGGAAGCGGACAGAUUACACCUGAAGGAGAAACUCUUGAAGAAGGUGAAAAAGUCACAGUUGCUCCUGGAAUCGAAGGUGUUCACAAAACUACUGCAGCUCCUGAAAUUGAAGAAGCGGAGGGAAGCGGACAAAUUGCACCUAAAGGAGAUACUGUUGAAGGUGAAAAGGUUACUGCAGCUCCUGAAAUUGAAGAAACUGAGGGAAGUGGACAAGUUACAUCAGAAGGUGAAAGCGUUGAAGAAGGCGAAAAGGGCACUGCUGCUCCCGAAAUCGAUGAAGGUCUUAAAAAGAUCAGUGAGGUGCAGGAAGGCGAAGAUAUUACAUCUGCUCCAGUUUCAGAAGAGAUUGAACAUGUUACCGCAGGUCCUGGAGCACAGGAAGCUGAAGGUGUGGAGAAAUCUACUCUUGCUCCUGAAUUCGAAAGUGUUGACAAAAUCACUGCUGCACCUACUUUGGAGGAGACUGAGAAAUCAACAAUUGCUCCCGCACAAGAAAUCGAAGGAGCCGAAAAAACUACGCCCUCUCCUGACACCUCUUAUUCUGAAGCCGCAGAGAAAACUACCCGUACACCAGAAAUUGAAGAUAUUGAUAGAGUCACUGAAAAGGCUUCAGUCGCACCUGAACACGAAGAAGGUGAAAUUUUGGAGAAAACUACUCCGGUUCCUGUAUUCGAAGGCGUGGAUAAGGUUACUAUUGUUCCUGGUAUCGAAGAACUUGAAAAGAGUACCGUCGCUCCUGAAAUCGCAAAGGAUGAAGUUCCUGAAACUGAGGAAAUCGACAAUGUUACUGCCGCUCCUGGCACCGAAAAAGUUGAAAAGCCUAGUGAUGUUGACCAUGUUGAGGAAGGUGCUGAGAAGGUUACAAUCGCUCCUGAAGUCGACGAAGCUGAAAUAUCUACUGCCGCGCCCACAAUCGAAUUUGACGAAGAAGCCGAUAAAAUCUCUGUUACUCCUAGUAGUGCGGUAUCUGAAAAGGAAACCAUUGCUCCUGUUGUUGGAGGUGAUGAAUUUUUGGAAAGUACUACUCUUGCUCCUGCCCUUGGCAUCGAAGGAAUUGAAAAGGUCACUGCAACUCCGAUUCCAGAAGAACCCGAAAAGGAAGACAUUGAAAGAACCACCGUCACUCCUCAUGCUGAAUCUGCAACUAAAGUCACGUCUGUUCCAACUGCUGAACAGCCUCAAGAAGUUACAUCUGCUCCUGGAGCUCAAGAUGUUGAUCAUGAAAAAGUCACAUCCGCUCCUGCGGCCGAUGAAGAAUUCGAGAGGGCUACUGCUGCUCCUGGUGUGGACGCUGGAAUUAGUUUUGAUGACAGCAAGAAAGAAACGGAUGAGAUUCAUAAAGCAGAUAAAUACACUACUAUUGCUCCAACUGAGGACGAAAGCCAAGGUGUUACAAUUGCUCCUCGCUUGGACUUGGAUAUCGAAGAAGCAACCGUUCAACCUAUUGUACCAUCUCAAGAAGACAUAAAUGUUACUCCUGCCCCAGCAGUAAUAGCUGAUUUAGAAUCAGUAGAGGAAAGCGAUACAUCAGUAGAAUCUGAAGAAGAGAGCACAACUGAACACAAGGUACAACAUAUUGGAGAAUUCGUUACGGAUCACAUCUUGCAUAGCACUACUGAAAGUGCUAUUAAACCCAUUGAACCAUCCAAGGACGAGUUGGAAGCUUCUGGUGAAGAAGGUGAAAAUAUUGAGGAUAUAACCGUUGAACCCGCUUUGAAACCACAAUUUGUGGGCGCAGACAUGGUUGCAGUUACAGAUAAGCCUACAGCCGAGGAAGAGACUACGAAACCUGAAAUCAGCGAGGAAUCUCAACCAGCGUUAGAUGCGGCAGAUAAGGAGAAACAACCUUCUCCAGCUGCUCCAGAAACCGAAGCUGAGGAAGCAACAGCAACAUCGAAACCCGAAAAGGAAGAAGAGAAACCAACGUCAGCUAAACCACAAGACGUAGCCGAUGAACAAGAAUUCGCCACUGCUGUUCCGGAAAUAGAUACAGUUCAGAAAGAGCAACACACCACGGGCAAACCUUUGGUUGAGGUAGCCGAAUCCGUAACUGAAUCUGAAAAGGAAGAACAACCGGCCACAAGCAAACCUCAUGUCGAAUCUGAAGAAGAAGAACAACCUGCAACAGCUAAACCUGAAGUUGAGUUCGAAGAGGUAGAAUCAGCGACAGCCAAACCUCAGGUCGAAUCUGAUGAAGAAGAACAACCUGCAACAGCUAAACCUGAAAUCGAAUCCGAAGAGAAGGAACAACCUGCUACAGCGGUUCCCGAACUUGAACCCGGAAAAGAGGAACAAACAGUGACAGCUAAGCCUGAAAUUGAAUCUGAGACCCACGCUUCCGCCAUUCCUGUGACUGAGUCCGAAGAAGAAAAACAACCUGCAACACCUAAACCUGAAAUCGAAUCUGAAGAGGAGGAACAACCAGCGACAGCUAAGCCUGCAGUUGAAUCUGAGAUCACAGCAACAGCCGCUCCUGAAGUCGAAUCCGAAGAAGAGAAACAACCUGCAACAGGUGCUCCUGAAAUCGAAUCCGAAGAGAAGGAACAAUCAGCGACCGUCAAACCUCAGGUCGAAUCUGAUGAAGAAAAUAUCCCAGCAACAGCCGCUCCUGUGUCUGAAUCUGAAGAAGAGAAACAACCUGCAACUGCUAAACCUGAAAUUGAGUUCGAAGAGAUAGAAUCAGCGACAGCCAAACCUCAGGUCGAAUCUGAUGAAGGAAAGAUUCCAUCAACCGGUGCUCCUGAAAUCGAAUCUGAAGAAGAAAAACAACCUGCAACAGCCAAACCUGAAAUUGAAUCCGAGGAGGAGGAACAGCCAGCAACAGCUAAGCCUCAGGUCGAAUCUGAUGAAGAAAAGAUUGCUGCAACAGCUGCUCCUGAAAUCGAAUCUGAAGAAGAAAAACAACCUGCAACUGCUAAACCUGAAAUUGAGUCCGAAGAGAUAGAAUCAGCGACAGCCAAACCUCAGGUCGAAUCUGAUGAAGAAAAGAUUCCAGCAACCGGUGCUCCUGAAAUCGAAUCUGAUGAAGAAAAACAACCUGCAGCAGUUAAGCCUGAAAUUGAAUCUGAAGAGGAAGAACAGCCAGCAACAGUUAAGCCUGAAAUUGGAGUAUCAGUCGCUCCUGAAGUCGAAUCUGACAAACCAUCUGCUAAGCCUGAGACCGAAUUUGAAGAAGAACAACCAGCAACAGCUAAGCCUGAAAUUGAAUCUGAGAUCGCAGCGACAGCCGCUCCUGAAGUUGAAUCAGAAGAAGAAAAACAACCUGCAACAGCUAAACCUGAAAUUGAGUCUGAAGAGAAGGAACAGCCAGCGACAGCUAAGCCUCAGGUUGAAUCCGAUGAAGAAAAGAUCCCAGUAACAGCCACUCCUGAAGCCGAAUCAGAAGAAGAAAAACAACCGGCAACUGGUAAACCUGAGAUCGAAUCAGAAGAAGAAAAACAACCUGUAACAGCUAAACCUGAAAUUGAGUCCGAAGAGAUAGAAUCAGCGACAGCCAAACCUCAGGUCGAAUCUGAUGAAGAAAAGAUCCCAGCAACAGGUGCUCCUGAAAUCGAAUCUGAAGAAGAAAAACAACCUGCAACAGCUAAACCUGAAAUUGAGUCUGAAGAGAAAGAAUCAGCGACAGCCAAACCUCAGGUCGAAUCUGAUGAAGAAAAGAUUCCAGCAACCGGUGCUCCUGAAAUCGAAUCUGAAGAAGGAAAACAACCUGCAACUGCUAAACCUGAAAUCGAAUCCGAAGAAAAGGAACAACCAGCGUCAGCUAAGCCUGGAUACCCAGCAUCAGCCACUCCUGAAGUCGGUUUCGACGAAGAAAAACAACCUGCAACAGCUAAACCUGAAACUGAAUCCGAAGAGGAGGAACAACCAGCAACAGCUAAACCUGAAAUUGAAUCCGAAGAGGAAGUACAAUCAGCGACAGCUAAACCUCAGGUCGAAUCUGAAGAAAAGAUUCCUGCAACAGCCGCUCCUGAAUCCGAACUCGAAAAAGAAUCGGCGACGAGCAAACCGGAAGGUGAAAUCGAUGAGGACAAAGAAACUGCAUCAGUACCACCUACGCCUGAAGCUGAAUCGGAAACGGAGAAGCAGCCAACAGCAACCAAAACAGAAGCCGAGAUUGCCGAAGAACAACAACAAACAGCAACUGUGCAACCUGUUGCCGAAACAGAAGGCGAUAAACAACACACUCCUGAAGAAGCAGUGCCCGUCAGCUCCACUGAGAAGACAGAAACAUCUGAAGAAGAAGCUGAAGUCAGUUCAGAAGAGAAACAAGGUGUCACAACUGUACAUCCGCUAUUCCCACAUAUUGUUACCACACUGCCAACGCCAGCUAUCGACAGCAGAGUUGACAUCGUCGCUAAUGCAACUGCGCAACCCGAAAUUCUUGCGGAAGCCACCACACCCACAAAUCUCAUCGCCAGUGAUGUGCUCGUUACAACACAACCCACAAUCACACACUAUCCACCACCGGCGCCCGCCUACGGCCAAUAUCCAUCCUACAACGAUGAAUAUCCCGACGAAGACGAAUCUGAGGUCUUCGGUCCCGGCACCUGUCGCUAUGGCGGCAAACUUUACGUGUCCGCACAGCAAAUACCACGCGACGAUCCCUGCGAUUUCUGUUUCUGCUUCCGCAGCGACAUUAUCUGCUUGCAACAAUCUUGCCCGCCACCAAUUGCCGGCUGUCACGAGGAACCGAUCUCUGGUUUCUGUUGUCCACGAUACGAAUGUCCCGUGUCGAUGGCAACCGUACUGAAUAUCACCACCAGUACGACAACGACAAGCACAACACUGCCGCCACACUUCCUGCACCACUCGUACGGCGGUGCGGUGCAACGUAACGGCUGUCUGAUCAACGGCCGAUCAUACAAGGUUGGCGAGAAGAUCGAAUCGACGAGCGGUCCCUGCAUCAAUUGCACUUGCGGCGGCGAUGGAAAGAUGAAAUGUGAUCCUCAGGCGUGCGUGCCCGAGCCCACGAUGCAGCAAGUGAUGGCUGUCGUGGCGACCGGCCGGAAGAGAUGAAAUAAUCGCUAAGCAUAAACGCUUACGCAUACAACACAGCAGAUAAGGAACACGCACAUACACAUACACACACACACUCAAACACAAACACAAAGCAAGACUAGUGAACUUAAAUGAAUCUGCAAUCCCGGUGCCAAAACCACAAUGAAACAUUAUGGAAUUAUGGAGACAAGAGACGAAGGAAACUAUGCAAAACAAAAAAAGAAAAGAAACAAAAAAACAACAAAAAUAAAAAACGAACGUUUUCGAGGCGUAAAAUGAGUUGGGCACACAUACCUACAUACAUAUCUGCGUAUGUGUUGUAUAUGUAGCUCCGUUAUUUUUGCUUUGAACACACAAACCCUUAUUAUUAUUAUAUUUCGUAGGUAUAUACUAUAUUUAUAUAUAAAUAUUAUUAUUAUUUUUUUUUUGUUUUUGUUUUUUUUUUCGAACUAGCAUACGAGCAAACAACCAGUGAUAUUGUGCUGUAUACCUAGUAUAGGUGCAAUUAACAAUUUUGUAAUUAAGGACGCACUUACUUAAGCGAAAUUUUCGUUUGUAAUUUGUAAUUGUAAAAACAAACAACAACAAAAGCAAAGCAAACAAACGAACCUAACGUAAUUUUAUAUUAUAAAAAAAAUAUAUAAUAAAUUUUAGUAAUAUUUGUAACGUGGUUCUUUGUGUGCGCACGAUUGCAGCGGCACGACGUGCAAGCAAAGAAAAUAACCGUUAGACAUAUGUAAAAAAUAAAUUCAAGAGACUCUCACUAAAAAAAUAUGUUAAAAGCGAAAACACCAACCCGCAAGCGGCGUGUGGCACGCAUAUUGUGGCUGCCACAAAGAAUAACGUUAUGAAUUGUAAAAACUUUGCCAUUAACUAUAUUUGUAUUCGAUAUAUACAUAUAUUUAAACACUAUGCUAGACAUGCGCUAGCGCCUAAUUGUAGACUAUGAUUUUUACUAAUUUUUAUAUGCGACACUUGCAACGAACUUUUUUAAUAAAAAUAUAUAUAAAUUUUAAUGUUGCUACUAGUCUUCUUAAAUUGUACGAGCAACAACGAGAAAAAACGAAGCAAUUAAUUUUUAAUUUUUUUCCU